AUGUUGUACUUGCGCGCUGCACUCUUUCUAGCGAGUCUUACGCUGGCGGCGGCGGGCGGCGCGUGUGGCCAAGUACCGUCCAUGGCCCCGUCGUUGACGCCGUCGCCACCAAGUCCCUGCAGCGCGUUCGUCGACGGUGCUGUCGUCACGCUCUCAGCUGCGGACUUCGGGUACUGGAGCUUGGAUCAAUUCUUGGCUCUGGCGACGGAUUCGCCCACGAGCUUGACGAUUGUCUCGACGGGACCCGGCACGUUUGCGUUGCACGACGACGUGCCCAACUACUUUGGUGUCCUCAUCGAUGACACGUCGGCGUUCACGAACAUCAUUACCAUCUUUGACGACGCGUCGAUGCACGUGACGAGCUUUACGUGCGUCGACGUCGGCGACAACCGCGUCGCGCUUCGCGACAUCAACGGCAACUUUGUGCGUCCGUGUCCGAGCUGCGUCCCGGAAAACGAUACAAUGACACCGUAUCUCGCGUGCACACCGCCUGUCCAUGGCCAACCGACGCCGGCGCACGCGUGGACGCUCGGCGUGCCCACACUAUAACGACUUGCAACAGACCGCAGCACACUGGGUCGUAUGCACCGUGUAGCACCACUUGGUAUCCGAUAAGACGCGCACUGUCGUCUUCCAGUCGAACGAGAACACAACA